GGCGACCCGGCCCUCUCGGCCCACUGGUUCUUGUGGCUGCGGCCCCUCUGAUGGACCCGCCUCAGGGCGGUGUGAUCUUUGAGGAUGUGGCCAUUGACUUCUCCCAGGAGGAGUGGGGGCUCCUCGAUGAGACACAAAGGACCCUCUACCAAGAUGUGAUGCUGGAGAACUUUGCCAUUAUAGCUUCCCUAGGAAUGGAGGCACGGCUCCUCUAUCGUCUCCGGGUGGGUCCGCCCAUAUGUAGAUACGCCCACCUACGAGGACAGGGCGUGAAGACUGUUACCCAUGCUACACCAGGC